CUGCUUGGUGCUGCUGUUAUUGGAUUAGUUCUUGCUCCGCUUCGUGAUAUGUCUUUCUACGCUUUUGUCAAAAUGACUCAAACUGAGUGGCAAGGCUUGGUACUCGGAAUCGCCACCACCUUCUCAUCCUUGUGCCUUAUCAUCCUGCUUAGCUCUUGCAUUGGUCAUCGAUAUCCAUUGUGGCGGAGAAUUGAUUAUCUGAUCAGUUUAGUUGGUUCGGUUGGUUAUUUGGUAGCCGGUGCUGUUGAGGCCUACUACGCUGCGUGCUAUCCGCCUUACGGUGAAAAAAUCGGGAAAGUAUGCUAUAGGUUAGAAUGGAUUAUUGCAAGCGUAAGUUCUCUCGCUUCCUUCAAACUGAAGUUUAUGAAAAAUCGCAUGUCUCAAUAG